AUGAAUCAACGAACUCCAUUGAGCCCUCAGCGGAUGAGCUCGGGGGCAAUUCAUGGCAUGAGUACCGGUAAUCCCGAAGCUUGUCUAGCAGGUCCUCAGUUGAGCUCUCAGACACUAGGGUUCGUAGGUAGCAUAACCAAUUCCUCUAUGGAUAUGCAAGGUGUUAACAAGAACAAUUCUGCCAACAACAACAACAAUGGGCAGUGA